AUGACGGAAAUAAGGUCCUCGCAAGCUGGUCUGGAGGAUCAGGCUCAUGCUCGGAAUGGACAUGUCUCGGGAGAUACCAAGCAGGAUAGGAAUCGGUCCGAGGAGUCAUUACAAGCACCAUCUGCGUCAAACGAACUCGAGUCUCGCCCGACCCCGUCCAAAUCCUCUGCCAAACCGCCCAUCAUCACCGAUGUAUCAGAGGCACAGGCGACCUUUCGCCAGGCUUUUCCCAGCAUCUAUGGCGCUCGAACCCCGUCGAAUCGCUCGUCCUCGAGUUCGCUACAAGCCCUCAACGAAGACACGGUCGUCGAUGUCCGAUCGGAAAAUGGAAGCAUUGGACGCAGCCCCCGCCGGGCAUCUCGACAAUCCGAUCACGAAUUACCGGUAUACCCGGAUCAAUCGUAUGCCUCGCUUCAGUCUCAGAUACACCCGAACUGGCGAGCACCCCACCUCUUCCAACCCGAUCCGCUGCCCCGGCAUUCCUACGCCCGUGGCGUGCGUACCGCGGGCAAUACUCCGAUUUCGAGCCCCGGGCUGUUCUCUAUGAGACAUCCUCAUUUGAAAUCACCCUCGGGCUCCGACGAUGAGAGUUUGGGUAGCACAUACCUCCACCCAACACAUCUUAAUCCGCCCAAAGAAACCCACACCGCUGAAGUGGAUCGCGAUAUUAUCACUGGAAAUAAAACCAUUAAUCAAUACGAGAUCCUCGAGGAGCUGGGACGAGGUGAACAUGGCAAAGUGAAACUCGGCCAGCACGUCACGACCAAGCAGAAGGUCGCUAUCAAGAUUGUUCAGCGAUACUCCACCCGACGUCGAUUAGGCAAACUUGGCAACCCGGAAGACAAAGUGAAAAAGGAGGUGGCUAUUCUAAAGAAGGCGCGGCACCCGAACGUGGUCAGUUUGCUCGAGGUCAUCGACGAUCCGAAUCGACAAAAAGUGUACAUUGUGCUGGAGUAUGUCGAAAACGGCGAGAUCUUAUGGCGCAAGAAGGGUCUGCGAGAGAUCGUUCAUGUCGACAAACUACGCCUCGAGCGGGAGAAGAAUGGAAUUCCUGACACUCCCGCGUUCCUGGAAGAGAGCCAUCAAUUCAUCCGAACUGCGCAGCAUCUGCGAAGGCAACGUGAACGGGCUCGUGAGCGAGUUGAGGCACAGGCUGCCGAUGCUCAGCAGGGGCCUAUUCCUGCGUGGAGUUUGGAGCAUGGUGCGGAGUCUUCGGACGAGGAGGAAGAUGAAGCUGGUGGCUUGAUGAUCAGAAGGUCGUCUAGUCGUCGUUCUGUCGCAGUAACGGAUGACUCAAGUCCAUCUUCUGCCCAGGAUGCAUCUUCAAACGCAGUCGAGGGCACCAUGUAUGGUGCCUACUCGGAUUACCCAUUCGAGCGCCGUUUCAGCACAGCCUCGAGUAGCUUUGGUUACGCUCCUUCUGAACCUGAAUGGUCUGCCGAGGGCGAUGACAUGGCAUUCGUCCCAUGUCUGACCAUCGCUGAAACUCGCAGUGCCUUCCGUGACUCGGUUCUUGGUUUGGAAUAUCUUCACUACCAGGGUAUCAUUCACCGUGAUAUCAAGCCCGCCAACCUGCUUGUUACCAGUAAUCAUCGGGUGAAGAUCUCCGAUUUCGGUGUUUCAUACUUGGGUCGUCCAAUGCGUGAUGAAGAAGAAGAGCAGGUUGGCGAAACCGAUGCCGCGGAACUGGAUGAUGCUCGUGAGCUCUCCAAGACAGUCGGCACACCUGCCUUCUACGCACCCGAGUUAUGCUAUACUGGCGAUGACUUUGUCGAGACCAUUGGGUCGAUCCCCAAGAUCACCGGCGCGAUAGAUGUUUGGUCUUUGGGUGUUACGUUAUAUGGAAUGAUCUUUGGCCGUCUACCGUUUGUCUCGGACGAUGAGUACAGCAUGUUCCAGACCAUUGUGAAGAAGGAGGUGUUUAUUCCACGGAAGCGCCUUGUGCCCGUGAUAGACGACUCUUCUGACUCUAACCAAUGGAACUUGAGGAACAGUGAUGAGCUUGUUUAUGAGGACAUUGAGGAUGAGCUCUACGAUUUACUUAGACGCCUGUUGACCAAGGAUCCCGUCAAGCGGAUCACGAUCAAGGAAAUCAAGCACCACCCUUGGACCCUCCACGGUCUUCCUAACCCUCGGAUCUGGAUUGAAGAAACUGACCCCGCCUUCCAAAGCAAGGGCAAACGUAUUGAGGUUUCGAAUGAGGAAGUCACCAGUGCCGUCAGCAAGGUUCCUUUCAUUCAACGUGUUCGAUCUAAUGUCGCCAAAUGGUUUGGCGGUCGAUCAAAGGACAAGGAACCUCGCAAGCGCACAUCGAGCACGACGCCCUCUACCGAGACUCUUUCCUCCGCCUCGAGUAACAGCACCUUCGGUAAAGGCUCUCGCGACAGUCGCCCGACCAGUCUGCGGGGAGACGAAGAUUUCUUCCGGCCGCUUAAGUUUGGCACCCAAGGACAUCCCCUUGCUCAGAGCGUUACUGCUAGCCCAGUGGAUGAAGGUGAUUGGGCGUCUUAUUUCGAUACCGUGCAGACACCUGCGCUCAAGGCUGCCCCGCCUCCAGCUGUGACACCACGACCUGCCCCUCCUCGGCGCGCAAAGUCUUCUAUGUCUACGGCGGAAUCCACCAAGACCGUCAAGCCAUCGAGUUUUGAUAUUCCCUUGACUGUUCGGCCACGGUCGGAUGCGCGCUCUUCCAUCAUCGAAGCACUGGGGUCUACCAACUUCGGUAGUCUUUUCAGUGGCGCAGCCCGACGGGCAUCACGCGGUAGUCGCAGUCGACGCACAUCCCCAUCUGGCGAGCCAGGAUCUCAUAACGAAGAGCAACGCUCUGAGCCUAGCAUCGCUGUCAGCAAUGCAUCCGCACAGGGCCAAGUUCGGACAACCGGUUUGUGGCAUGAUGAAGAACAUCCCACCCCAGAGAAGCUGAAUCCUGGAUCUGCACACCGACGCAACCGGUCUCAGCAGCUUGCGGGCAAAUCGUCCGCGGAAUCCUUCCAUCUUACGAAGGAGGCACUCAUGCGCCGUAGGAGAAGCGACAUUGACGCAAAUGAGGGUGGCACCCUAAGAGUCGAUUACGCGAUGUACUCUACCGAAUCGCUCCUCCUACCUCCUAUGGCGCCGCCUGCGGACUCUGGGUGUCCUACAGAUAAUCCCAAUAGCGGACUCACAAACUCUAAACCCCCUACGAUAUCUUCCUCUUCGGCCGAUGACUUCACCAGCGGCAUGUCGCAGAGUGCUUCUCACCCGAGCAUCCCUUCCGUUGUGUCGAAUGCCUCUUCGCUUUCAGGCGAUGGGCUCUACUCAAGGGACAAGGAUGUGGAAGAAGUUCCCUCCAUACUCCGCACUGGUGAAACCGUCAAACCUCCUCGCUCUGGUUCGCUCCGGCCGUCUGAAGAAGACGAGUCGAGGUACUACUGCGAUGACGAAGACGAAGAUGAGUCGGAAGAUGAAGGUCUCGUUAUUGGGAAAAUGAAGCCAGCACCGGCACCGAAGCCUGUUGAUCCUCCACAACCCUCAAACUGA